AUGAAAGCGUUGAGCGGAUACAAUUCUAAGAGAGGUGAAUUCAAUGUUGAAUACGACAAUGAUGCCGAGCAAAUUUUGGCAGAAAUGGAGUUUAAAGAUACUGAUACUGAAGUUGAGCAUGAAACAAAACUGCAAGUGCUGCGGAUCUACUCAAAAAGGUUAGAUGAACGCAAGCGCAGAAAAAAUUUUAUACUCGAAAGGAAUUUACUUUGUCCUGAUCCUUUUGAGAAAUCUCUUUCUACUGAAGAGCUUAAAAUAUGUCAAAAUUACAAAGUCUUCAUGCGGUUUCACUCAAAAGAAGAACACAAGGAGUUGCUAAAAACUAUUAUUGAAGAACACCGGCUUGUCAAAAGAAUACAAGACUUACAGGAAGCUCGAGUUUCUGGCUGUGUAACGGCUGCUGAUGCUUAUCAAUUUAUUGAACAAAAGAGGACAAAAGAAGCUGAACAAGGUGGUCAGAUUGGAAUAAGUGGUAAGACUUUACAGAGGCCAAAUUUCCCCAAAGUAGAGCUUGGUAGUAGCCCACGCAAUACCAAGGAUACACCGACGGCCAUACAAGCCAUUACAAGUACUCUAGAAGAAUGGGAUAUCAGUGAUUUUGAAGGGGCUGAAUUACUAUCUGAAUCUGAGAUAAAGCUUUGUAAUGAGAUAAGAUUGCUACCGCCACACUUCCUCCGCAUAAAGCAGACCAUGCAAUCUGGAAUUUCAAAGGGCAGUAUAACCAAGAAAUCUGAUGCAUAUCCACUGUUCAAGUUCUCUCCAAGCAAGAUUGAUAGGAUAUAUGAUAUGCUUUUGGAAAAAGGAGCUGGCCAAGCAUAA